AUGCCAAAGUCUCUUGUAAUCUCUCUAGUGACAGCUGGAGCAAUCUUGUUUUCACUUUUAGUUAUUCUUCUUGUUUGGAUACUUUGCAAGAAGCUCAAACCAAGCCAGAAGAUAUUAGCACAAAAUUCAAUUGCUGAUCACCAUUACAAGAGAAUCCCCUAUCAUGCAUUAUUGAGAGGAACUAACAAUUUUUCAGAAGCCAACUUGCUUGGAAGAGGAAGUUAUGGUGUGGUUUAUAAGUGUAUUUUGGAUAAUGAAGAAAGAACAUUGGCCGUCAAGGUGUUUAAUCUCAAUCACUCUAGGUAUUCCAAGAGUUUUCAGGUUGAGUGCGAGGCCAUGAGAAGGAUACGACACCGUUGUCUAAUUAAGAUCAUUACGUCUUGUUCAAGCAUCAACCACCAAGGUCAAGAUUUCAAGGCAUUAAUUUUUGAGUUCAUGCCCAAUGGUAGCUUGGAUGGUUGGCUUCAUCCAAAAUCACAAGAGCCCACUAUAAACAACACGCUCAGCCUUGCCCAGAGACUUGAUAUUGUUGUCGAUAUUAUGGAUGUGGUAGAAUAUCUGCACAACUACUGUCAAUCAUUGGUAAUCCAUUGUGACCUUAAGCCAAGCAACAUUCUUCUUGAUGAAGACAUGAGCGCACGAGUUGGAGACUUUGGCAUAUCAAGGAUCCUUCAAGAAAAUACGAGUGAGGGGAUGCAAACUUCAUAUAGCUCAACUGGAAUCAGAGGUUCCAUAGGCUAUGUUGCUCCAGAGUACGGAGAAGGAUCUGCCGUCUCAACACCCGGUGAUAUCUAUAGUCUUGGCAUAUUGCUGCUUGAGAUGUUUACCGGAAGGAGCCCAACGGAAGGCAUGUUCAGAGAUUCAUUGGAUCUGCAUAAGUUUGCUGAGGAUGCUCUUCCAGAUAGAACCUUGGAGAUAGCUGACCCAACAAUCUGGCUACACAACGGACAACAGGAUAACACUACAAGUAUUAGAAUCCAGGAGUGCUUGCUUUCAGUCUUGAGGCUUGGCAUAUCCUGCUCAAAGGCACGAGCUCAAGACCGAGCACCGACAAGAGAUGCAGCGUCAGAGAUGCAUGCAAUCAGAGAUGCAUACCUUCUAUUUGCUGGUAAGCGUAUAGGGGAGCAUGGAGGGCCUCGGCUUGAGACAUUUGAGCUAGAAUGA